UUUUCAUUAUUAUUUUAUAGAUUAUUGGUUCCUGUUCAAGCUUUGGUCGAACAAGAAGGUCCAAGUAUAUUUUCAAUUCGGGACGAGAAAGGCCACACACCAGCUCACUGGGCUUGCCUUGGAGGACAUACCACCAUUCUUCGCUUCAUCAUAGAAUGCAAAGGGUUAAUAAAUGAGUCGAGUCAAAAUGAUCCUGGUGCACGGCCAAUUCACUGGGCUUGUGUGAAUGGGCACAUUGCUGUUGUGGACAUACUAGUGCAGGCAGGCGUCCCACUUGAUGUGAUGGACAAUAAGGGCUGCACGCCCCUAACUGUUGCUGCACAGUAUGGCCAGACUAUGCUUGCUGCCUAUUUGAUGGGGAAAGGUGCACAGAAACAACUUGUUGACAAAGACGGCGAUAAUGCUUUGCAUUGGGCAGCUUUCAAAGGUUACUCCGAGUUGAUGCGAUUGCUCAUUUACUCUGGUUUUUGUCCACGCCGCAAAGAUAACUAUGGUCAAACACCACUUCAUUUGGCCUGUAUUAGUGGAAACCUUACAGCCGUUAAGGAGUUAUGUGAACAGGAUGGAGUUGAAGUCGAUCUCCCAGACAAAAAUGGCAAGACCCCCUUGAUGUUGGCUAUGGGCCGGAAACAUGAAGCUGUGAUAUCAUACUUAAAAAGAGAAUCAAAACAGAGAAAAAGCCUAUUUCCACGGUUUGAUUUUUGGUCCAUUUUGUUCGGCCCUCCUGGCAAUAGUAAAACUCCUAUGUUGUUCCUAGUGACAAGUGUUCUUUUUUGGGGAUACCCGAUGUAUGUGUUCAAGUGCUUACCACAGACAUUUUACGAGCUGCAAACUCUUCAUAUAAUAUUCAUUGGUGUCAAUGUAGUGAUGUGGAUAUGCCUGUUUCAUGCCAGUCGCACUGAGCCUGGUUUCUUGGAAAGGAAUGUCCCGGAAUACCACCAAGCUAUUAAACAGGUUGCACAUUUUGAUGAGUGGAAGCAGGGGAGCAACCCAUUGAGCCGUCUGUGUCACACAUGUCAAAUUGUCAAACCAAUGCGUGCAAAACACUGUAGAAUUUGUAACCGCUGUGUCCGAGAAUUUGAUCACCAUUGUCCAUACAUUUACAACUGUGUGGGUUACACGAACAGGGUUUGGUUUUUUGGUUUUGCCAGUUCCAUUGCACUGAUGUGUGCCAUAACUGAUUACUUGUGCUACUACAUGCUUAAAUAUCAUGAGUGGAAUUGGCUUGUUGUCAUUGGCUUCUGUCAAUCUGGUAUCUUUACAUUUGUUGCUGGAGUCAUCCCUGUCAUGACAGUAAGUACUUCACAUAUCAUU